AUGCGUCGCAGUCCAAGCUGUGAAUGGCAUGAAUGGGAAGAGAUGCUUGAUGAUAUUAGCACUGUUUCAGGUCUCUUGGGCAUUGAUACAAGCAUGGAUGGAGUAGAUCUGGAUCAGUUCUUGCUUGCUACAGCUGACGACUUUCUGGAGCCAUUUGGAGACGUGAAUAUCACGUCAAGUUCACCCCUUUUUGCUGCUACUCAAGAAUUUCUUUACGAGAAAGAACAAGACUUGAAAAUGCUGCGUGCAGCAGGAUUUGACGUACAAUCGAGUGGAGAAGUGUCGAGUCUUUUGGAUGAUGAAGUAGAGCCACAGAUGGAGCUACAGGAGAAGGUCCCGAUGCUGCCAACGACGACAAUGGGAUUGACUGUCCGUUGUCAUCGUAAACGGAAGACGGCGGAGAUUGAUAGAGUUCGAGAUGAAGCAUACAAUGUGAUGGGAAAGAAGAUCAAGAGACAGGAGAAGCUUGUUUCCGUGAAGAACGAGAUGAAAGCCAAUGAACAGAUGGAAAAAAUCUAUCGACGAAGAUAUGACAUUCUCCAUGGUAUUUUGGAAGCUUGGAACACUGGAGGUAUAGAAGAUUUGGAAGAGAUUGCGGACACUGUGUACGACGACGACGUUACUUUAAUCAGUCCUGAUUACUCGGAAAGUCUGCAUGGCGUGGAAGCUGUCUUGUCACAUUGGGGGCUGUUGCUGGACGCGUUCCCUGACGGAAUGAUGGAGGAUUACAUCAUUCAGCGUGAUGAAGACAGCAUGGAGCAGAUGAAAGCCACGUGGACUUUUAGUGGUACGCAGGUCUUCCCGAUUUUUGGCAUCGAACCUCGCCACAAGAAGGUCUGUAUCAGUGGCAAGUCUUUAUUCAUAUUCAAGGGCGACCGAAUUCAGCAGAUUGUACUCUCAUGGAACUAUGGCGAGACGUUGCUAAAACUGAUGGGUGUACAACCCGAAGAGGCUAAUAGUGUCGUGCUCAGUGCAUCUGCAACUACAACCACUUCACAUUGUAAAGGUAAUCAAUGA